UUCAUAACAGAAUCGUCAAACAAACUUCAGGAUGCGGAAUUGACGGCAAAAAGUUGUUUCACUAUGUUUGGAAACUACUACUUUGCAAUUGUAGGACAUCAUGAUAAUCCAGUUUACGAAAAAGAGUUCACUCCACAGAUGAAAUCCAUGGAUUCGAGCCAGGGCGAUCAAUCAUACAAGAAAGAUGACCAUCGACAUUUAAACCAAUUUAUAGUUCAUGCUGCUUUAGAUCUUGUGGAUGAAUCUAUGUGGAACACAAAUACAAUGUACCUAAAAACAGUAGACAAAUUCAAUGAAUGGUUUGUGUCAGCCUUCGUCACAGCAGGAGGCAUGCGGUUCAUGAUGCUUCAUGAUCUUAAAAAUGAGGAUGGAAUCAAGAACUUUUUCAAUGAUGUAUAUGAGACAUUUAUAAAGGUUGUUAUGAAUCCUUUUUAUGAAAUCAACAGCAAGAUAACAUCACCAAAUUUUGACAGAAAAGUCCUUAAUGCAGCAAAGAAACAUUUGAURGGAUAACAUUUACUUGUGUACAUGAAAAUAUAGUAUUUAAAGGAAGUAUCAAUGUACAAAAUAACCUAAAAAACUGAGAAAAAGAACAUAAAAAAUGUAAUUUCACAUUACAAAAUCCCAAAUCAGAGGUGUUUCCUUCCUAAGGUAAUCAAAAUAAACGUUAUUCAACUACUUA